ACUGCAAGUGCGUUUAGCUAACAUGAUAUGGAUGACUUCAUGUCUUCCAGCUCCUGGCGAGUUAUGAGAUCGUUCAUGUUCAAUCAUUUAAGUUAAUUAUAAAAAUUUGUACCGUUAAAUCGCUACAAAUUUCAAAAAAAUAAAAUUGCACCACUCUUUUCUCGAUCAUGCUUCACCCUUAAUCAACUCAUGAAUUUCAAGAUUACUUAAUCCAGGCAUCGGAAAUCGUUUUGAUCUUCAAAUUGAACCGUUGAUGUUCUUCACCUUCCAUGAGGCCAUAAAAAAGAUCAACAGUCGAGAUGAUUUCAACUUAUUUACUACUAGAUAGUAAUUAAGUAAGAAGUUUGGAAAUAAACCAGAAAGUAGUACUGCCAUGGUUAAUCGAGACGUCGCUCCUUUCUCAAUUUAUUCUUCUUUUAAUCCUCUAUAAAAAGUUGCUUUUUUUCUGAUUCUUGUGGUUUUCUGUAUCGCUUACAGCUUUAUCGCAUCAGGUGAAGCUGAGUGUGGAAAGCUGCAAAGAACGAUGAAAGCGGGGAGAAACUGUAGACGGAAACAGAAAUGCGGCAUCUGUAUGGAGAACAAGUCAGUUUCUGAUUUCAUUUUCAUAAAUGACUGCUUACAUAGUUACUGUUCGAAGUGCGUCGGCAGGUAUGUUUCGGAGAAGAUAAGAAACAAAGAGGCUGCGAUUGCAUGCCCUGAUGCUGGAUGCAAAGUUGGCACUUUGACACCUGAAAUGUGCAAGCCAGUUCUUACACGCGAGGUGUUCGACCAUUGGUCUAAUUUAUUGAUGAAAUAUAAGUUUUCUUGCCCGUUUAAGGAGUGCUCUGGUUUUGUUUAUACGACAGAGGAUAGUGAGGGAAAGUGUUAUCAAUGCUACCGUCAUUUCUGUUGUAUGUGCGAGUCGAUAUGGCAUCCGAAUCUGGCUUGUAAGGAUGUUCAGCAGCUUCGACAGGAUGACUGGGAGAAGGAAGAUUUGUUGCUUGUGGAACUGGCAAAUAAGCAAGGCUGGAAAAGGUGCCCGUUUUGCACCUUUUAUGUGGAGAAGGUGUCGGGGUGCCCGAACAUACUGUGCAGGUGAUGCUAAUU